AUGGCGGUGUGCUAUGUCAACGGAUUCGGCACCCUGCAGGACAAGACGCAGGCCUUCACAAUCUUCAAGGAGCUGGCCAAACAGGGACAUAGCGACAGCCAGUACUGGCUGGGGCAUUGCUACUCGUAUUGCCUGGGAACAUCCCGAGCCAGAUUCAAGGCCUUGUCUUGGUACAACAAAUCCGUCAACCAGGAGAACCCCUAUGCAAUGCGGGCCCUGGGAGACUGCUAUUAUUACGGUCUCGGAGUUGCUCGAAGCAUGCCCACUGCCUCCCUGUGGUAUAUGCGGUCGGCC